GCGUUAACAAAGAAAUACCAGAGCACACUCGCCGUCUCAGCUCGUUUCCCUCCUUCCCACCCGCUCGGCAGACAACACUCUCGGCGCCAAGGGAGGCAGGGUUGUGGCUUCUGAGACGCGAGAAUGAGGGAGCAGGAGGCCCGUGUCGAGGCGGGGCGCCGGGGCGGCGUCAUCAGGUCGCUGCUCGGCGUCGCCAGGCUCGCGGAGGACGGCGGCGCCGGCGCCGACGAGGGCGACUCUAAGAAGGAGGACGGCGUCGGCGCGGAGAGGAAGGCGGUGGUGCGGGUGGUGGCGGCCGACAUGCCGCCCGCGCUGCAGCGGCGCGCGUUCCGCUGCGCCCGCGAGGAGCUCGCCGGGAUGCCGCACUUCCCGCGCCGCCUCGAGCCCAAGCGCCUCGCGCUCGCCCUCAAGAAGGAAUUCGACACCGCUUACGGCGCGGCUUGGCACUGCAUCGUGGGGACGAGCUUCGGUUCAUACGUCACGCACGCCAAUGGCGGAUUCUUGUACUUUUCUGUUGAUAAGGUCUACAUACUGCUCUUCAGGACGGCGGUCGAGCCCCCGCCCCAUUGACGAUGGGCAGACAAAUCGCCGUUCACUAAUUGUAUGCACUGUGUGGGAGUGUGAGGACGUCCCAGCUCUCAAAUGCAAACGGUUCGGCUGAACAAGCCCUUGUAAUUACAGUAAAUUGCAUUGUUUCUUCGAUGGCAAUGGAGACUCCAUUUUUUGCAUCA